AAAGAUGCAGAUAAGAAUACAGGUGGAAAAACUUUUUCCUGGAAGAUCCAGCAAUUCCAAGUGAUUACUGUGUUGUAUCUCUUCAUUAUAAACGAGCAGAAGUGUGCCUUGAUCUUCAGUGUAUUAAAGAAACGUAUCAUCAGAAAAAACCUCUAGCAUCAUCCUUUUUUUGUGUUGCUUUCUGUUCUUGUGGUCUUGGAGUUAUAUUCAGUGCUGUGAUUUAUUUAGGAUUGUCACAGUGAAUGAGGUCAAGGUGAGUAUCUCUGUUGGGUGUCAGAAUUGACUAGCUCCCACAGUUCUGUCAGUUGUUGAGCCUUUUGGUUCUUUUCUGAGGACUUGAUUAGGAUUGCCCUCCCCUUUUGCCCACCAAGGUUCUUGGGGCUAGUGCUUUCAACUCGGUGCUUGCUUGGAAAUCAUCAGUUGCAGAACAUGUUCUAAUUAAUAUUUUCAAAAUCUGGUCUCUUGUAAAAAUUAUGAGUAGGGAUUUAAUCUUGUAUUUGCUGACAAAAUAGAUGUUAUUUAAAGCAAUGGCUUUGUGAGUUGCAGACUGUGUGCCUGUAUCAGAGCUGAAUGAGUUUUUUUUUGUUUUAAACACCAAAUACUGAAAUAGUUUUUACUGAUAUUUGUACUGAUAGAUGAAUACUUGAAAAAAAUAGAACAGAUGCUUGUUUUGAAUUCAAUGUUGCACAGCUGCAGGGCAGAUAUCUUUCUAAGUCAGUAUAAACAGCCACAUUUUUACAAGGUACGGUUAAAAUAACAAAGUCUUGGGUCAGUAGGAAAGUUAGGCAUGAGUUUGAUUUCCAGUGGGAGAAAUUAUUUAAUGUUUAUGAGAUAACCCUUUGCCUAGGCAGAAGGGUGCUUUUUGGCAAAGAUGCAUGCAUAUAUUGUUUGACAUAUUUGAUCUGAUGACUGUGUUUUUUUUGCUUUAGACAUGUGAAGCUGCUUCUGUGAAGAAUUAGUCUUUGUAGAAUUGUGUCAAACAAGAAAUUCGUAGUCCAUCCUCAGCCUCUCUGGGUGACUGCAGAAGACAUAGAAUUGUGGCAUCACAGCAGAUUGGAAGUUGAGCAAGUUGAGGACUAUGUCUGAAUGUAUCCAGCUCUCAUUUGCUGUUUGUAGAAUUGGCAUUUACACGUGUUUUAGAGCACUUUGCUGCAAGGGACCGCCACCACCACGACCUGAGUAUGACUUGGUUUGCAUAGGUCUCUCUGGUUCUGGCAAGACAAGUCUUCUGUCUCAGCUCUGCAGCGAAAGCCCAGAGAAUAUCGUGUCUACCACAGGUUUUAGUAUAAAAGCAGUGCCAUUCCAGAAUGCAAUUUUGAACGUAAAAGAACUUGGAGGAGCUGACAAUAUCAGGAAAUACUGGAGUCGUUACUACCAAGGAUCCCAAGGGGUAAUAUUUGUACUAGACAGCGCCUCCUCUGAAGAUGAUCUAGAAACUGCUAGGAAUGAGCUGCAUUCUGCUCUCCAGCACCCACAGUUAUGUACUUUGCCGUUUUUAAUACUGGCCAAUCACCAAGACAAGCCAGCAGCUCGCUCAGUACAAGAGGUAUGUUAAUGUGGCAGCUUCUUGCCUGUUUGUAUUUACUUUCUGCACACCACUGAUCCACUCUCACUUAUUACCCUGACAUCUUGGUUAAGGACUGGCCUCAGUUUCUUCUUUACUGUAAGUAUGCAGACCAGGAAGAGUCUCAGUCCCUAAAAACUUAGUCCACUCCACUCUAUACAGGCUUAGUUGUUCUGGAAAACAGACAAGUAAUACUUGGAUACAAACAGAUCUUCUGCUUUCACCAUAUUUUGCUUAAGGGAGAAAAGAUGUUUUUAAAACUACUCUUAUGAAAAGCUGCUGGGACAGUGA